GGAGAAGGAAAAACCAGUAGAGACAACCCGAAUAAUGUCUGCAGAAUCCCUUCCAAUUACUCUUGCUGCAUUCGUGGAAGCUAUCAAAGAGCUUCCACUUUCCUCCGUGUACGCCAAAGCCUCCGAACUUUCCAACUCCAUCUCACACCUGCGGCGCUCAAAUCAAGAACUAAAGGCGUUCAUGAAUGAGUCAUGCGAUACCGAGGCUGAGAAAAGGGAGCUAGAAAAUUAUAUCACUGAAAAUGAAGAAGUGAUAAGAUCGAUGCAUGAAAGGAACCUGCUACUAAAGUCGGAGAUAGAGGGCCGGGGUCAGCGAUGGAUCGAGAUGGGGAACAUCGCGCCAGAUGCGAGAACAGAUGAGAAUCACCAGCCAUCCGUAUCUGAACCCAUAACAAAUGGGGCAGCUGCAGAACGACCAAAUGGUGCGCAGCAGGAGCUAUCUACCACAAGGUCUAUUCCUGAUACCCAGAAUGGCCACGAACAGGAUGGUGUCUUUCUUUGAGGCUACUCGCGCAAGCCAAGAUAGACUUGCCUCCGUCGCUCGAUGAGCAAGCUUGUUCACGCAAUAUGUACGAGAACCUCUGUAUUGAAACAGGAAUGCUUCUAUAUGUAGGUUCAUACAAAAUUGAACCCAACCAUAUUUCGCAGACCCAAACUGUAUGGUCACUAGAAUUCUCGGUUCUCGCAACCAGCCUUCGUACUAGGUCUAGCGAGCAGUCCUGGGUCUUCUGAAAUGAUCAGUACAGAUCCUUUAGAUGAUGCAUUGCCGUCAAUUUGAAGCAUUUGAUGUGCCUGCCCACGUUGCUCGAGUUGGAUUUUCCAGGUCGAAUUGAUGUAGCAAGCAGAUCUUCUAUCCUACAUUUAUUAUUACAUGUUCA